UUUACAUCCUACGCUACGUGCAGACAGUCAUGAGCAUUCCCUGGUAAAGAAAGAGGACGUUUCCUGAUCCAUUCAAAACAAGAACAGUCUCCUGCUAGAGUCAGUGGAGGUAACGAUGCUCCUGAAAAGCUUGAGUCUGGCUCUUAUAAUGUCGACACUGGUGGAGGCUCAGUAUGAAAAGUACAGCUUUAAAAGUUUUCCUCAGAAGGACAUCAUGCCGCUGGACUCUGCCUACAGCUACGCGCUGGAGCAGUACGGGGCGCAGAACUGGGCAGAGAGCAUCAAGUUCCUGGAGCUCAGCCUGCGGCUCCACCGGCUGCUCCGGGACAGCGAGGUUUUCUGUAGCCGCAACUGCAGCUCCGUCAGCCGGGACAACGAAAGCCUAUUCGCAGACAGCACCCUCCGCGUCAUGCGCCACAUCCUACUGAGGGCUGCCUGCCUUAAAAAGUGCAAGGCAGAUUUCCCAGUGUUUAACAUCUCCUAUCCACAGAGGGAUUUACUGGAAACCUUCGAGAAAAGGGUCCCGUAUCGGUACAUACAGUAUGCACACUACCAGCUUAACAACUUGGAGAAGGCUGUGUCAGCAGCUCACACCUUCCUGAAGAAGAACCCAAAUGAUCCCUAUUUGACCAAGAACAUGAAUUAUUACAAGACGCUGUUCGAUGUGGAAGAAUAUCUCAUCGACCACGAGGAGCAGCCGUAUGAAAGUGUUUUCCUGAAGAGUGUGACGCUUUACAACAACGGUGACUUCAGCAGCAGUGCCCGAAACAUGGAGCAGGCCAUCACGCAGUACUUUGAUAUAUACAGUCUCUGCUUGGCAGGCUGUGAGGGCUCAUACGAGAUCUUAGAGUUCAAAGACUUCUAUCCCACCCUGGCAGAUCUCUACACCGAUGUGCUGAAAUGUAAGGUAAAAUGUGAAGAGCACCUGACACCCAGCGUUGGAGGCUUCUUUGUGGAGAAGUUUGUAGCCACUAUGUAUCACUACCUCCAGUUUUCCUAUUAUAAAUUGAAUGAUGUAAAGAACGCUGCUCCGUGUGCAGCCAGUUACAUCCUGUUUGACAGUAAAGACCAGGUGAUGCAGCAAAAUGUAGCGUACUAUCGCUUCUACAGGGAGCAGUGGGGACUUGAGGAAAGGGACUUUCAGCCUCGGCACGAGGCCCUGAGGUACUUUAACGAGACAACCAAGCAGAAAGAGAUGCUGGAGUUUGCACUGAACUACCUACAAACUGACGAUGAGGACGUGGUAAGUCCAGAAGAAAUGGCUUCUUCUCACACGGUGCAUCCUGACGCUGAGUUUGAUGGUAUGGGAGACUACGAGGAGUCCUUCCUGGCUGAGUGGUGGCAAGAACCCAAAACUAAGUGGGACACUGGAGAGGUUGCAGACUGACAUCUGUCCUCCUCGUCUCCUGUGCAGAAAGCGUCCUCAUCCGGCUCUGUCCCACCUCUCAUGACAAACCAAAAAAGGUUGACGUCCAUACAGAUACCGACAUUAUUAGCAGUAUUUAGCAGAAAAAGCACAAAUCAGCUGUGUUCUUUCACCCAGCUGAAGAAUAAUAGGUUUAACUUAUCCACCAUGUCGAUCACGAUCAGAGAUCGACAUAUUCUGUCUUGGCUGUCAUCAGCCUUUUAAAAGGUUUAUUUCUAUAGUCAUUGGCCUGUGUGCCAACACUUGUCAAUGACUUUUCAAAAAAAAAUUAUUUAAUGAAAGCUAAAUGCAUCUGUGCCGUGGUAUAAGGAAAGUGACAUGAAGCUUUUCUUAUGCUUAACGAUUUGUCAACCACCAAGUUGAGAUGUUGUAAUAAUUUGCUCAUAAUAAAAGUAAUAUUUUAAUAUA